AUGAUGGACAUUUUGGAUCACGAAGGAUCGCUAUUUAAUAAACCUAAUGUUAUAUCAGUACCAAUUACAAUGUACAAUAUUUAUCCUCGAGUAUAUGGGACUGAUGAGAUUUAUGAUCGAUUUGAAAUAUUCUGCAAAAAUCUCGAGAUUAUUGAUGAAUUAAAUUCUAAAAAUAAUUCGGUUAUUUAUGGCAUAACGAAAUUUGCUGAUUGGAAAGACGAUGAAUUAAAAACGAACAAUGUUUCUUAUAUAAAAUUCGAUAAAAUGGAUACAAGAUUUAUGUAUAGUAAUUGGAUACAUUUGAAAUGGGACGGAAAAACGAAAAUACCAAUUUCUUGGGAUUGGAGGGAUCUCAGAGCAGUUACUCAUGUUAAGUCACAAAUGGCAGCAGUCGUCGAGUCACUGUAUUAUUUAAAAUAUGGGCGGUAUAUUUCAAUCUCUGAAUCUGAAAUGGUUGACUGCGAUCACAUGAAUGAAGGAUGUGUAGGUGGAAAUACAAAGCAUGCUCUGUGGCGAGGCAGUUAUAAAGGAUUUAUUCAACACCACGACUACUUCCCAUCACCACUUGGGCAUCGAUAUUACUGCCCAAAAUAUUCGACUAUUUUCCUGGACAAACUCUAUUUUAUCCAUCCAGAUGAGAAUUCAAUCGCGUGGUUUAUCUCAUACAUUGGACCUGUAUCAUUAAAUCUUGCCAUGUUGCAAAUCAAUAAAUUAUACAAAGGUGGUAUAAUAAUGGAUUCAAAAGAAUGUCGAGAAAUCAUUCCAAAUCAUUCAGCAGAAGCGAUUGGUUUUGGCGAAGAAAAUGGAACCAAAUAUUGGAUCUUGAAAAAUAGUUGGGGACAUGAGUAA